GCCGUGAGGCGGCGGCGGGGGGGCGCGCAGCCCCCGGUCGGCGGGCGUCCUCCUCCGGCCGGCAGUGACCGCCCCGGCCCCGCUCCCUGCCUGCUCGCCAUGCCUCCCCCCGCUCGCCUCUCGCCGAGGACGGUGCCGGGGAAGGGCGAGGGGAGCCGCCGCCCUGUCACUCCCUGAGCCAGCCGCCGCCUCACCGGAGAAGCCCCAUGUCCUCCGGGCGCCGCGCCGCCCCGCAGCUCGCCGCGCCGUGAGGGCGGCGGACGCCUCGCACCUCCCCACAGGUUCAACCAGUAGCAAGGCUAAACAUGUACCCCAGAGACACCCACAGAGAGAGGACGUGUGCAUGGCUGGCUACGCAGACUGCCGUAGGCAAGGCACUUCCUUCAACAGCACCCACAUGUAAUGCUUCCAGGAGCGACAUAACAGCCAAGUCCCCUUCCUCCUCUUUGGCUGGACACAAUAUAGAACUAUGAUAGCAACCGGAGGAGUCAUAACAGGACUGGCUGCCUUAAAAAGGCAAGACUCUGCCAGAUCUCAGCAACAUGUAAAUCUUGCCACAGCACCAGCUUCUGAGGAGAACAAACCAGUUAGACGCCGGCCCAGAGCAGAUGUAGUAAUUGUCAGGGGCAAAAUCCGUCUCUAUUCUCCGUCGGGAUUCUUCCUUGUUUUAGGAGUGCUUAUCGCAUUCUUUGGAAUUGCAAUGGCCAUCCUUGGAUACUGGCCCCAAAAGGAACAGCUUUUAGGAUCUGAAGAUAAUCUAUCUGUAAAUGAAACCCAGGUCCUGAGAAGCCAAGGAAGCAUUUUACUUCGUUUCUUUGAACAGCAUGUGCACUCAGAUAAGAUGAAAAUGCUGGGCCCUUUUACUAUGGGCAUUGGAAUCUUCAUUUUUAUUUGUGCAAAUGCCAUUCUGCAUGAAAACCGUGACAAGGAAACAAAAAUCAUACACAUGAGAGACAUAUACUCCACUGUAAUAGACAUCCACACCCUGAGGAUUAAGGAACAAAAGCAGCUGAGUGGUGCCUUCACUGGCUUGUUGGGGGAAGGAGAACUCAGGCACAGCGGGAGCUCGUGUGCAUCGCGGCUGGCUGCAAACACGGUUGCGCCUUUCUCUGGCUUCAAGAGUAAUUUUAGAAUGGAUAGUUCUGCUGAAGAAGAUGAGAUUACCCUAAAUGAAGAUAGGACCACUGGUAGCCUCCUGCCACCUCUGCUGACUGAGCAAUCUGGUUCACUCUUUGGACUUUACCCUCACUCCAGCAAGGCUUCAGAUGACAAAAACACUAGCUCUAUGAAGUGUGAAACAAAAUCCAUUGUAUCAUCUUCCAUUAGUGCUUUCACACUGCCAGUAAUUAAACUGAAUAACUGUGUUAUUGAUGAGCCCAGUAUAGACAACAUAACUGAGGACUCGGAGAUCACUAGGAGUCGGUCUAGAAAUCUGUCGAUGGAUUCUCUGGCCAUUCCACUAACUGAUACUAAUGAAUCCUACAGACCGACUGCUACCAUGCUGCCACGACACAAUUCAUUUGUGGACACUCCGUCUGAUCAGUUCAAAUCUUCUAUGACUCUCGGACCAAGCACAGGAAAGCUUUUAUCCCCUGGCGCUGCCAGGAAACAGUUUGGGUCCAACACAUCUUUGCAUCUUCUGUCUUCACAUUCAAAGUCCCUGGACUUGGACAGGGGUCCAUCUACGCUCACUGUCCAAGCUGAACAAAGGAAACACCCCAGCUGGCCCAGACUGGAUCGGAGCAACAGUAAAGGGUAUAUGAAACUAGAAAACAAAGAGGACCCAAUGGAUAGGUUACUUGUGCCACAAGCAGCAGUCAAGAAAGACUUUACUAAUAAGGAAAAGCUUCUUAUGAUAUCAAGAUCUCAUAAUAAUUUGAGUUUUGAACAUGAUGAGUUUUUGAGUAACAACCUGAAGCGAGGAACUUCUGAAACAAGAUUUUAAUAUUUAAGUUGCAAUUUAGAAGAUGUCAUACAGUAUUUUUAAAAAAAAAAAACAAACAUUUUGACAAGUGUUUCCUUUUCAGUGAGACUAGUACAAGCCUGUUUUUAACCAAAUGCUUAACGGCCCAUUAAAAUUGGCUUGUGUGAACAGAGAUCUUCAUCUUUGUAAUGCCAAGAGUUUUUUGUCUUACUAACAUACAGCUGCAAUACUGUACGUUAUCAUUGCUCAGAGUUUUGGUAUGACUGAUUGCAAUUUUUCCCGAGUCAUUACUUCUUUUGUUCCAUUUAAGCAUGUUACUUUUUAUCAAUUUGAGUCCAGAAGCCUGCAUUAGGAAAAAAGCUCCAUUUACCUGUGAGUUCUGUUUAUUUAAUGACUGCAAGAGUCUAAAAACGGUGCUUGUGGUCUAGAAUGGGAAGUGAGCAGGAGCACAUACUGGAAUUGUCAAAUCCAGGCCUUUAUCCUAGGUGUUAUCUUUCACAUACAGUACAUCUCGGUAACUGAUGUCUUGCCAUUGUCAUUGUGAGGAACUUGUUUACAUAUUGGGGUGGGUGGAUAGAAAAGAGUGGGUAUAAUUAAAACCAUUUUUGUGAAUUCAUUGUAAUUGGUUGAGUUGAAUACCAGUGUUGUGAAUUAUUAACUAUGCUUUGUACAAUAAUCUUUCUACAUCCAUUGUUAUUUAAUCCUGUAAUUCUAGGAAAACAUAUAUAAAGUAAGAAAUCUGAAAAUUCUUCUGGGAUUAGUUCUCUAAACCACUUUGAUUGGCAGCAGUUUUAAAAUGAAAAUACACAGAUUCAAUUAAAAUCUUAGGAACAUGAUGAAUGCCAACAGGAUUUUAGAAACAUGGUGUAUAAUAAGAUGAUAUUGUGACAUGCAUCUGAGGAGAAUAAUGGAAAAUGAAUAUAUUGCCUCUCAUUACAAUAGCAAGAAGCUAAAUAACUAGAUCUCUGUGUUCAAAAUACUGAUACAAAGCAUACAAUUCAAUAUGUAUACCAACAUAGUAUGAAAGCCCCUUGCCUAAAUUUUGAUUUAUAUAUUUCACGUAAUUAUUGGUGUGAUGGUUCACUGGAGGCUUAGCUGUGGCAGUUUGCGUUACAAGAUUUUGCAAAAGGAAGUGACAUUUAAAACAAUGUUUUUCUCAGCAAAGCAAGCUUCACAGUUGACAGUUGUAGGCUAUUGCUAAAGAAAAUGAGAAUUUGAAUGUGCAUACCAGCAGGUUUUCACGUAUUUCAUUGAGGUAUUUAGGCCAUGAUCCUGCCAUGACAGCCACGCUAGAGAAUGUCUCUUCAAGCUGCAAGGCUCAUCUAACAGGAUGUUGGUCUUAAUUGGUCGGUUUUGAUAUAUUCACUUAACCUAAAUACUCAGGAAUUAUUUUUAAUGGCUUUUCCCAAAAAGAAUCAAACCUGUUCAAAUGUCAUUGUUCUUCAAUUACUUUGAUUAUGAAAGAUCAAAGAUAAAAAUACCCGCUUUUUUUUUUAAUAUUCAGCUCCAUAUUUCAACUGCGCGAUGUUUAUGUAUCAGGAGCAUUACUGGCUCAGUGAAUUGAGGCAUAGUGUUAACUGUUAGAACCUCAAGCCUAUAUAUUGUAACAGAGUUGGCUAAAUAUUUUGCUAUGAAGCUUUUAAUAACUUUCUGGUUUGUGUUCUUAAGACAUUUGCUAUUUUUUGAAAUAAAAUAAAAUGUCUGUCUACAUA